GCUGGUCAACAGCCCUGUCACCCGCGAUGAUUGCUUCAUUCCGGAUUUGCACUUCGUUGUGAAUCAGCAGAGGCUUUUCAAAUUGAUACCGAUCCCGACAUUUACCCGCAAAUAUAUUACGAUCACGGAGCCAAUCUUGCGACAAAUGUUGAGGUCCAUCGGCGAAAUCACCAGAGGAACGGCCGACUGUUUUGAAUACGCUUUCGAUUUGUCGAAGGUUCGGGGGGGACGGUAAGUUUGCAAACGGGUUGCUGCUCUCUGUUGCUGAGUGAUUCACUGGUUAUCGUCGUCUUUAGUGGCACCAAUUUUGCUGACAUAGUCAUGACCGAUGGCUACGGCUGUAGUGUGUCCUUCUUCCGGGCGAAGGGAUCGGCACAGGUGUUGGCUGAUCUGGAAGCAGCCGAUUUCGCCGAUUGGGAACGUCCCUACCUUCGCAUAUGGGGCGCAGAUCCCGGAGUGACGGACGUGUUUGUUGCUUCGGAUGGCGGUGAGUUUCUUCCCAACGAAGAAAACGCCCUUCAACGUUCUCGGCCGCAUGAGGUACGACAAUUUUCCACGGUCGAGUUCUACACAAAGGCGCAAUACAAGCAUUCGACGAUCUGCGUGCAGAACUGGAAAAUGCGUUCCCAGGUGUUGGACGUGGAGCAGAACAUUGUUACCUCGAAAGCCAUAAACUUACGUUCAGCUCGCUUAUUUAUUACCGGUAUGCUUGCAAGCAUGGAGCGUCUUCUCACCUUUUACGACCAAAGGUUCACCAAGCUCCGGUUCCGACGUUUUGUAAAGAACCAACAAACAUUAAGUGAACUCGCCAACGUGUUCAUCACUGGCGGACAAAAAUACGAUCAGAUCACUGCAGAGCAAAAAUCGCGUCAAAUAGCGGAACACCAACGACGAUCGCAGUCUUCUUCAAUGGAAAAUGUCCAAACCGAGUAAGCCGCGCAGUAAACUUUUAAAUCAAAUGGCCAAUAUUGAUUAAGAAUUUGCGUACUAGAAAAUGGCGAAAAAAGCCUAUAACGAAUGAUUGGAAACUUCCUGUUGUUGGACUCGGAAAUGCUGCGUUCCCUGUGACCAUGAAAGGCAAGAUCAGCGGUUUGUCUGGGAAGUUGUC